AUGGCGGAAAAAGACCAGGACCAGCGGACUGUGGUCUUCUUCCACCCGGACCUGGGCAUCGGCGGCGCCGAGCGACUCGUCGUGGACGCCGCUGUUGGCCUGCAGAACCGCAGCUGCAAGGUCGUCAUCUUUACGAGCCACUGCGACAAGGGACACUGCUUCGAGGAAGCUCGCGAUGGAACCCUCGACGUCCGCGUCCACGGCGACUGGCUCCCCCAGUCGAUCCUCGGCCGCCUCACGAUCCUCUGCGCCAUCGCCCGCCAGAUAACCCUCCUCCUCCACAUCUACCUCACCCGCGAGCUCCAGUCCCUCGACCCGGACUUCUUCGUCGUCGACCAGCUCUCCGCCGGCCUCCCCCUCCUCCAGUACCUCGUCCCCAAGGCCCCGAUCCUCUUCUACUGCCACUUCCCCGACAUGUACCUCGCCCUCGGCCGCGAGCGCUGGUGGAAGCGCGUCUACCGCGUCCCCUUCGACUGGGUCGAGCAGUGGAGCAUGGGCUUCGCCGACGAGAUCGCCGUCAACUCGGGCUUCACCAAGGGCGUCGCCACCAGGGCGUGGCCCGCCCUCGCCAAGAGGAAGGACUUCAAGGUCGUCUACCCCUGCGUCGACAUCGCGCCCAAGAAGGCCGAGGAGGAGCAGGAGGCCGUGUGGACGGAUAAGAAUAUCAUCUUGAGCAUCAACCGGUUCGAGAGGAAGAAGGAUAUCGCGCUGGCCGUGAAGGCCUUUGCCGCGCUUCCCAAGGAGAAGAGGAAAGGGACGCGGUUGGUCAUUGCGGGCGGUUACGACCUGCGCAGCGCGGAGAACUUCAACUACCACAAGGAGCUGGAGAAGCUGGCCAAGGACCUCGGUCUGGAGUCGUUCACCGCCAAGAACAUCAUCACCGCGCUCUCCGCGCCCGAGGACAUACCCGUGCUGUUCCUGCUCUCCAUCCCCUCGAGCUUCAAGGACUCGCUGCUCAAGUCGGCCAAGCUGCUGGUCUACACCCCGUCCAACGAGCACUUCGGCAUCGUGCCCCUCGAGGCGAUGCUGGCCGGCGUGCCCGUCCUGGCGGCCAACACGGGCGGCCCGACGGAGACGGUCAUGGACGGGACCACCGGGUGGCUGCGGGAGCCGGACCAGGUGGGGGAGUGGACCAAGGUCAUGGACACGGUGCUGAACAAGAUGAGCAGCAGGCAGCUGGAGAAGAUGGGCAGCGACGGCGUGCAGAGGGUCAGGGUCGGGUUCGGGCAGGAGAAGAUGGCGGAGAGGAUCGAGCGGAUACUGGAUGACCUGGCGACGAGGCAGAGGGUCCCGCCGUGGAUCAACGCCGUGCUGAAUUUCGUCGGUAUCGGUAUCUUCUUCGCCUUUGGGCUGUUCACGUCUAGCUUGCUCGUUAGCCCACAGAAGAGGGCUUAA